GCGGUAGUCUGGGUGCAUGACGGGACAUGCAAAUGUGCUUCCAGUGAGACGCUGCAGCUCUGCUUUAACAGAGCAGGGGAGCAGGUGGCGAUAAUGAGGCUAUUAGCUGGUUUUCGAACAUCUAUAGAAUCGCCGAAUAAAACGAAGUCAUCAAACUGCGACACAGACGCACUGCAGUGCCGUACAUUCGGUGCGCCUUUAAUGCAUUAUGAGUUUGUUCGGAACGGCUUCCAGCUUUGGAACAGGAGGGACUGGUGUUUUUGGAAGCACGACAACCGACAGCCAUAAUCCCAUGAAGGAUGUCGAAGUGACCUCGCCUCCAGAUGACAGCAUCAGCUGCAUGGCGUUCAGUCCCCCAACCAUGCCAGGAAACUUCCUUAUUGCGGGAUCCUGGGCGAAUGAUGUGAGAUGUUGGGAGGUGCAGGACAACGGACAGACCGUCCCCAAAGCCCAACAGAUGCACACGGGUCCGGUGCUGGGUGUCUGCUGGAGCGACGAUGGCAGUAAGGUGUUCACCGCGUCAUGCGACAAGACGGCCAAGAUGUGGGAUCUUAGCAGCAACCAAGCGAUGCAGAUUGCACAGCAUGACGGUCCAAUCAAAUCAAUCCACUGGAUAAAAGCCCCAAACUACAGCUGUGUCAUGACCGGCAGCUGGGAUAAAACACUGAAGUUUUGGGACACCCGCUCCCCCAACCCCAUGAUGUCCCUGCAGAUGCCCGAGAGAUGCUACUGUGCCGACGUUGUGUAUCCCAUGGCAGUGGUAGCCACAGCUGAAAGAGGCCUUAUAGUGUACCAGUUGGAGAACCAGCCUUCUGAGUUUCGCAGAAUAGACUCCCCUCUCAAACACCAGCACCGCUGUGUUGCCAUAUUUAAGGACAAGCAGAACAAGCCAACAGGCUUUGCACUGGGAAGCAUUGAGGGCAGAGUGGCGAUCCAUUACAUCAAUCCGCCAAACCCAGCCAAAGAUAACUUCACCUUCAAGUGCCACAGGUCCAAUGGAACCAACACAACCACUCCACAGGACAUCUAUGCUGUUAACGCCAUCUCCUUCCAUCCCGUCCACGGCACACUGGCCACCGUGGGCUCCGACGGACGCUUCAGCUUCUGGGACAAAGACGCGCGCACCAAGCUGAAGACCUCCGAGCAGCUCGACCAGCCAAUCACAGCUUGCUGCUUCAACAACAACGGCAACAUCUUCGCGUACGCCUCGAGUUACGACUGGUCAAAGGGCCACGAGUACUACAACCCCCAGAAAAAGAACUACAUCUUUCUGAGGAACGCCGCUGAGGAGCUGAAGCCUCGGAACAAGAAAUGAUUCGCCGUGCCAAGUCGCACCUCUUGUGGAGAAUUGCGGAAGACCUGCUGCUUUAGUGUGCGUGUAUGCGUUCGAGACAUGCUCCUUCCUUUCGACAGACAUCUGGACCAAUGCCGUGGCUCUCUGGUGCCUUGCAUGGACCAAUCAGUGGGGCCAACCCAUCUCGAUGUUGCAUGAUAGUUGGCCUUUUUUAAGUUUUCCGUAGAAGCGGAAGAGGGCUUUAAUUUGAUAUUCGUCUUGAUAUUUUUUUAAUGACUAUUUCAAUGUGUCCAAGUUGGUUGUUGUUUUUGUUUGGUUUUUCCCCCCCCCCCCACAACUUCCAAAAAGUUUUUCAUUUUCUUGUAAUUUUGCUGUUAUUGUUCCAUUAAAGAUAUUGGGAUGUAAAAUAAAUAAGUGCGCCCUCGUA